AAAGAGAAAGGAAAGCGCAAAGCAAAGGAACCAAAGAAGAGGCCAGGAAAGGAGAGUUCUUUUUUGGUUUCCUUUGUGAUCCUUUCGUUCAAAGCGCGCAUGAUGUUAGUGAUCAGAAAUAGAAGCUGGUUGUGUUUUUCAUAAGUUGUCAUAAGCGCAACAAAUGAUGGCUGGAAACCCUAACUGGUGGAGCAUGCAUCCGCCGUCAUCUAUCUUCCCUUCUCAAUAUGUGCUUGGAUCUUCUAAUUCACUCCCUCAGCUCAAUUCCUUCGUCCCUGAUCAGCCUAAUCUCGAGCCUCCACAAUCUUGGAGCCAAUUACUUUUGGGUGGAUUGUCCGGAGAAGAUCAAGAUAACUAUGGGAGUUUGAAUCAUUUUCCACCAAAAAGGAUGGAGAAUUGGGAGGAUCAUCAGCAAAUAUUGAUUGCACAGUCGUAUCCAAGGGUUAAUCCUGCUGUUGAUAGUAAUAUUAUAAAGCAAGAAGAUAAUAAUUCCCAGAGCAACCUGUGUGGUGGUGAUGGAGGACAUGAAGAAUUCCGGGCACCUUAUAAUAAUAGGCCAUCUUGGUCAGCAGUGCAAAUCAACAUGCCAGUUUCAUCCCCUAGGUCUUGUGUCACUAGUUUGAGUAGUAAUAAUAUGUUGGACUUUUCCUAUAACCAGAAGAACCAGCAUGCAGAUCACUCAUCUGAGUGCAAUAGUAGUCCUCCCGCCGGCGGAGUGUGCAAGAAAGCUAGGGUUCAACCAUCUGGAAGCCAACCCCCACUAAAGGUGAGAAAGGAGAAGCUAGGAGAUAGAAUAACUGCCCUUCACCAAAUAGUUUCCCCAUUCGGAAAGACUGACACUGCAUCUGUCUUGUUAGAAGCCAUUGGGUACAUCAGAUUCCUUCAGAGUCAAAUUGAGGCCCUCAGCUCCCCUUACUUGGGCAAUGCCUCCAAAAACAUGAGGAAUAACCCCCACUCUCUGUUGAAUGACAAUGGCAGUCUGAAAAGAAAAGGGGCUCCUAACCAGCAGGAUUCUCAUCAAGAUCAUAAGACAAAGGAUCUAAGAAGUAAAGGGUUGUGUUUGGUUCCUGUUUCUUGCACUCAGAAUGUCGGGGGUGACAUUAACAUUGGAGCUGAUUAUUGGGCUCCGGCUUAUGGGAGCGGGUUUUAGUUUGAAAGUGUAGAUGCAGCAUAUAUAUAUGUUUGUAUGGCACGCUCCUUUUGUAGAAUGAGAUAACAUAAUGAGCAGUCACUCUGUUUCAACAAUUAAGAUUGAUUGCUCAUCAUGCUAUUUGCAUUCUAAAUUAGAAGCAUAGUACACUGUUGCGCGCUAGCAAGUAAUUUAUUGUAGUACUUUAAUUACUAAUUAACUUAAAUAAAUUAUUACGCUA